CUCCAGCCCCGGCCGGGCUCCGAGGCGAGGGGCUGCAUGGAGCGGCUGGCGCGGCUCUGCGGGCUGUGGGCGCUGCUGCUCUGCGCCGGCGGCGCCGCGCCCACAGAAACUCAGCCACCUGUGACGAAUUUGAGUGUCUCUGUUGAAAACCUGUGCACAGUAAUAUGGACAUGGAGUCCUCCUGAGAGAGCCAGUCCAAACUGUAGUCUCAGGUAUUUUAGUCAUUUUGGUGACAAACAGGAUAAGCAAAUUGCUCCAGAAACUCAUCGUGAAAUGGAAGUAGCCCUAAAUGAGAAGAUCUGUCUGCAGGUGGGGUCCCAGUGUAGUGCGAAUGAAAGUGAGAAGCCAAGUAUCUUGGUGGAAAAGUGCAUCUUACCCCCUGAAGGUGAUCCUGAUUCUGCUGUGACUGACCUUCAAUGCAUUUGGUACAACCUGAGCUACAUGAUGUGUUCCUGGCUCCCUGGACGGAAUACAAGUCCUGACACAAAUUAUACUCUUUACUAUUGGCAUAGCAGCCUGGGAAAAAUUCUUCAAUGUGAAAACAUCUAUAGAGAAGGUCAACACAUUGGUUGUUCCUUUAAUCUGACUAAAGGGAAGGAUUCCAGUUUUGAACAACACAGUGUUCAAAUAAUGGUCAAGGAUGAUGCAGGGAAAAUUAGGCCAUCAUUCAAUAUAGUAUCUUUAACUUCCCAUGUGAAACCUGGUCCUCCACAUAUUAAAAAUCUCUUCUUCAAAAAUGGUGCCUUAUAUGUGCAAUGGGAGAAUCCAAAGAAGUUUAAUAGCAGAUGUUUAUCUUAUGAAGUAGAAGUCAAUAACAGCCAAGCCGAGUCACAUGGUAAUUUUUAUGUUGAAGAUGACAAAUGUCAAAAUUCAGAAUUUAAGAGAAACACGGAGGGUACAACUUGUUUCAUAGUCCCUGGUGUUCUUCCUGAUACUUAUUACACAGUCAGAAUAAGAGUCAAAACAAAUAAGUUUUGCUAUGAUGAUGACAUACUCUGGAGUAAUUGGAGUCAAGCGAUGAGUAUAGGUAAGGAGCCUAACUCCACAUUCUACAUAACCAUGUUGCUCAUCAUUCCAGUCAUUGUAGCAGGUGCAGUCAUAGUCCUUCUGCUUUACCUGAAAAGGCUCAAGAUUAUUAUAUUCCCCCCAAUUCCUGAUCCUGGAAAGAUUUUUAAAGAGAUGUUUGGAGACCAGAAUGAUGAUACCCUGCACUGGAAGAAGUAUGACAUCUAUGAGAAGCAAUCCAAAGAAGAAACUGAUGCUGUAGUGCUAAUAGAAAACCUGAAGAAAGCCUCUCCAUGACGGGAAUAAUUUAUUUUUUAACUUCAAUGCAACCUUGUGAAGAUUCAUUGCAUUCUCCAUUUGUUAUCUGUAGACUUGUUAAAUGCAAACUGAAACUGCUGGACCCAUUAAAAACAGGCAGCUCAUAAGAGCCACAGGUCUUUAGGUGAGUUGUGCACUGAAAAAAAACAACAAAACUCCAGCUGAUGGGCCCUUUCAAGAAGAGAGUGGAAUCAUUCUCAUUAAACUGUAAAGGCAGAGAUCCUUCACCAAGAUUUCCAUCUACAGGACAAAGCAAAAGGUUAUGAUGACAGCAGAAUCUUAUCAGAAGUUGUGACAACUUCCUAAAAGAUCUGUGCUUGCUUUGUAUUCUUUGUGUGAAAGGACAUCAAGACAUUUUACUUGUGAGGAAACUCAUUUUGGGUGUAAAUGCCAAUGCUGAACUUGACUCAGAGAGACCAACUAGCAAACAAAAUGAUACAAUCUCGUACCUAUUGUUUGAGACCCUAUUAAGGAACUUUGUGGUGAUUAGAACUCUUACCAAUCCAAAAUCAUCUUCCACCUCAGUAGCAUUUUCCUCAGCUUUGAAACUGCCAGCAAUAAGGGCUGGUCAUGAUGACAACAAGAACAGAAAGAACAAAGGCAACUUCCUUUCCACAACCAUUUUAUGCCAUUGUAGGCUUUCAAGAACAGUAGAGGCAGAAUGACUCACUUUGUAUUAGAGUUGGAACCAAAAAGUCUCUCAUGCUAUAUUUUUUUCCUUCACCACUACUGCAACCAACUGUUGAGUAUGUGUCUGGUUUGUGUAUGGCCCCCAAGCGUGAGGGACAGAUCCCCCACCACACACAGGUUUUACAAUCUGGUUGGGACUCCUCAGUUCUUAGCACUCUCUUAUCUUCUACCAGUCAUUUCCCAGACUUAUCAGCUUCCCAUCUCCUAUUCUUAUCUCCCCCAAUGCCUUAUUCCUUAUGGUCUUAUAUAAAUCCUCUCAGAACACCUAGAAAAGCAGGGAAUGGUUUUCAUGUCAGGUUAAGGGUGAGUAGACUUAACAACACUAAUUUUUACAUAUUUGCAGCUUCCAUGUGAGCACGCAAUUAUUUAAGGGUUUUCAGUAAUUGAUGUUCUCUGUGUGUUUUCUAAACAGAGAUGUGUUGUAAUAUUGGCUUAGAAUUUAGCUAUUUGCUCGAGAAAAAAAAAAAGAAUAAUUGUUCCUGUUUCUUUUCUUUUGCACAAUGGACCACAGAAUUCCCUUUCCCUUGCUAUAAAUGGUUAAGUAGAGCCUUUUAAGUGAUAGCAAGUCCUUCAAGACUCCAACUAUGUAUUCAUUUUUUUUUUGCAUAGGUUAGGGUUUGAUUCUCUACCACUCUGACACUAUCUGCACAUAUAUUCCCCUUACUCCUAAUACUUCCCAUAAAUUUAAGGAAGCAUUGAAAGUGAGAGGUAUCCCUUCCCUUCCUCUCAUACACCCAGAUUGCUGGCAGGACCUUUUGAGAAAUUGAUAGCACAAGUUUUCCAGAUAUUUACCAGUUCAUAUGAUUAUGCUACUUACAGUUCAUGUUCUUAGAGUAGAAGAAGAUAAGAGACCCAUGUUCUCCACAGGUUUGGGCAGAAGUGGUAGCCUGCUUCCAUGGUAGUGGAGAAGCACUGUGCUCCAGUGUCUCAGGAAAUUGGGAUAUAUGGCAAUGAUAGAUGGAAGAGUGUUUGUUUUGUUCCUGUGCUUUUAUUUUGGAAAUCAUAUUGAGACAAGUAUACAGGCCUAAAAAUGAAUUCCUUUCUUCUACUAUUCUCUAGAAAGAAUGCUUGGGGUUCUUAUAUAAGAAUGAAAUAACUUCUUAUCCUGGUCUUUAUAGUUCUGGGAAUCAAAACACUUCAAUGCCUUACCCACAGCCAUUUGUACAGCAAGUAUUUUGAUAGCAAUUAGGAGAAUGCUUUGUAACACCCAAGGGACUACGAAUGUUGGCAGCCAUGCAGCGUGGGAACGGAGACAUCACAUUUUGUUUUGUUUUAGCAGUAAAAUAGCUACAAGAAAAGGGGGUGGUAACAUGGGACCUCUGGUUGUUUCAGAGUAACUAAAAGGGAUCCCCAGGUCUGGGGUGCUCUUGGAGACUUCAGUGCAUUACUUGUAUGAAAAUACUAGUAGGUUCUCCUAUUGUUUUGACUAAUCUAUAUAGAUUUUUCCCCACAUACUUAAGUAAACCCACUGUAAGGAGGGCCAUUCCUAGUCUUUCAUUCAGAUAAACCCUUUCUGCAUCUGGAUAUUGAAGGGGUAUAUGAAUAAUGUUAACAUUUUGGUAAUGUCUUCAACUAGGGGUCCUCUAUUGAGGUAGGUUCUCACUCUAGCCCAGGCUGACCUGGAAUUCACUAUGUAGUCUCAGGCUAGCCUCACACUCACAGCGAUCUUUUCCUACCUCUGCUUCCUGAGUGCUGGGAUUGAAUAUAUGCAAGGGGUCCUUUUGUUUACCUUCAUAAAAGAAAAGAAAAUAAAUACUAUCUUUUUGUAUGUUA